AUGACUUCUUCUGCUACUGUUACUCUUAACCCCUCCGGCCAAAAGAUGCCUCUUGUUGGUUUCGGUGCCUGGAAGGUUGGCAAGGACACUUGUGCCGACACCAUCUACAACGCCAUCAAGUCUGGUUACAGACUUAUUGACGGUGCUCAAGAUUACGCCAACGAGAAGGAGUGUGGUCAAGGUGUUGCCCGUGCCAUUAAGGAGGGAAUCAUCAAGCGUGAGGACAUUUUCAUCACCUCCAAGCUCUGGAACACUUUCCACGCUAAGGAGCACGUUGAGCCCAUGCUCAAGAGAUCUUUGGCCGACUGGGGUCUUGAAUACUUUGACUUGUUCUUGAUCCACUUCCCCAUUGCUCAAAAGUAUGUUGACCCUGCUGUCAGAUACCCCCCCACCUAUGUCAAUGACAUUGAGAAGAGCAUUGCUUACUUCCAAAACACUCCCAUCUCUGAGACCUGGGGUGCCCUUGAGAAGUGUGUCGAGGCUGGCCUCGUCAAGAACAUUGGUAUCUCCAACUUCAACGCCGGUCUUAUCCGUGACUUGCUCACCUAUGCCAAGAUCAGACCUGCUGUUCUCCAAAUUGAGCACCACCCCUACUUGACCCAACCCGACCUCAUCAAGUACGUCCAAGCUGAGGGUAUUGCCAUCACUGCUUACUCCACCUUCGGUCCUCAAUCUUUCAUUGAGCUCAACCACCCCAAGGCCAAGUCUAUCACUUUGGUCCUUGAGCACCCCACCGUUUUGAAGAUCGCUGAGGAGACCAAGAAGACUCCUGCCCAAGUCAUCCUCAGAUGGGUCACUCAACGUAACAUCGCCGUUAUCCCCAAGUCCAACAACCAAGGUCGUCUUGUCCAAAACCUCGACUCCACCGACUUCAACCUCACCGAGGAGCAAAUCUCUGCCAUCUCUGCCCUCGACAUCGGUCUCAGAUUCAACAACCCUGCUGACUGGCCCACUCCUUCCCCUAUCUUCUAA